AUGUUACAAUGUCACAUUCAAGAUAAAGUCUUUGGUUAUAAACUUUCUUUUGCAAUAAGGGAGACUCUUGCAGAAUAUCUUGUAUUUGUAUAGACGAACAGCACCAUUUGUCACACAAGGUGCAAAUCUUUUGUAUUUUCUUAACACAGAUUCAGUUUCUUGUUAACCAUGAGAAAGCUUUAAGAAUUAAAUACGUCAAUGUUAACGCAUAUAUGAUUUUUUCUCUUUGUUGACGUUGCAACAUUUCGAGUUCGAUAGCCAUUACUCGACGAUUUAAUUUUCCUACUUGUCGACGUAAAUGUUGUAUCUCUUCAUUAGGUGGAAGAGAAACAUUAAGUGCGUUAUAUAAGGGUGUUUGUUCUCUAGAAAAAAAUUAUACAUUCUCAAAAAGAGGGUAAUAUAGAGAAUGGACCAAUAGCUUUAAUUAUUCCAUGUUUCAUAAAAUGACAAGUUUCCAGAUUUUAAAUAAUUACUGAUUACAAUAUUAUAUCGAUACAAAUGUAUUUGUAAUAUCUAUUAUGACGUAUUUUAGUUUUUUUUAUACUAAAUUAUUAAUGAGAUAGUUGAAAUUAUUGAAACAUUUGUUAUUUUAAAACAUAGAGAGGUAUAGUAUAUAAAAAGUAAGGAUAUCCUUGAAAUGUUUGAAAACAUUACAAAAGAAAAAAAAAAUACACAUUAUGACUUUCCUCAUACUAUAAGUCAUACUACAAGUCUUUUCAUAUUUCUAAAAAUAACAGAAAUAAUUAAAAUCAGUUAUUGGUCUACUUGGUGUAUAUAAUUUUAUAUAUAUGGAUUAAAAAGUAUUAGUUAUUAUUACUAGUUAUUACCUAGCAUGCCUAACUAUUUGUGUUUCUGUAGAAUAUUGUGGUUUAGAUACUACUGAUUCCUUAGUUUCUGUUGAGUAUGAAUUUAGUUCUUCAUCAGCUGCCGGAAAAUAAUGGUUAUCCAAUGUCAAAAUCCUUGGUGGAGUCUACCAAUAUAUUAAAAAAGUUGCAAAGUAUUUCAUACAUAUUUCAGAAUAAAAUCGAAUCCAAGAAUGAUUUUUUGAAAUACACAUACAUUUAGCUCCAUUCAAAACUUUCAAAUAUUUACCUGUACCCUAACCAUGCCUGGCUCAGAUGGCAAAACAGCAUUUUCUAAUGUAAUUUCUCUUGGUGGUGCUUUAGUUCCAACAUGUUGUUCUUGUCCUAAAUUUAUUUAAUUAUAUAUAACAUCACUUUCAUUCUUAUAUAUAAGCAAUAACUUUACAAAAUAUAUUUUUAAUGAAGAAACCAACUUAGUUAUAUAACAAUUAAUGAAUGCAUACAUUAAUAUGUGGUAAAAAAUUAUAUAUUUACCAACAACCAAAAUUCUAUCUGGAACAUGCAUUUCGAAUUUCUCUGCUGCAACCACCUGAUUCCAUCCAGAACCAUUUGUAUCUGCUAUUUCUUCAUCCGUGUAGUCGCCACUUACACGAAUGCUUUUUGGUACACGCAUCCUUUUGUUAAUGUCCAAAGUAAAAUUUGGGUCAUAAAAAUUGUCAGCCUCUCCAUUAAAAACAGUAGGACUAUGUGCUUUUGACAUUAUAACUAAAAUAAUUAAAAACAAAAUUCAGACCUGUACUUUUUCACAUUCUUUUUUUUACUAAAUUUGUUAACUUACAAAAUAUAAUAAAUAAUUUAUAUGACUUAUUUUAUAUUCUUACUACGGAAAAUUAAAAAUAAAACGUAAUAAAUGGAAAAAAAGAAGAAAAUGCAAAUUUAUAUUUCACUGUAAAGAACGAAAGUUUGAGAACUUCUUAUCUUUAUUAAUUUAUAAUGAUAAAUAGCCUGGUGAUUGUAGCAAUAAACUGCAUAUGUUUGAUAAUUUUAAAGUACUGUACAAUGACGACACAAAAGACGUACAACUUAAACGUCGUGUAAUAAUAACGAACUAAAAGUAAUUAUGUACCAUAAACUAUGUUUAUUAAUAGUAACUAUUGCAAUAAAUUGUUUUGCGUGCAAAAAGAAAAGGAACACCUCUUUUAAUGCUCGAAUAAUUACCUUCUUGCAACUUUUCGAUCGUUGAACACAAACUCGUCACGUGAAGUUGACAAUAAAUGCCCUAUACGAAAGUUGCAAUUGUGCCAAUCGAGAGUAAUCGAUAACUAGGAAUUUAUCGAUUUCAAUGUAACUCCCGCCAAAAGUGACAAUUUUCUGCCAUUAAAUUCUCGUUCAGGCGUUUUUAUUUUCUUCCAUGUGCGAAUGUUCUUUGACUUUGUUGUCUAGAAUCUAAAUUGAACUGUAUUACGACUCUUUUUAACAUUCCACACCAAGAAUUUAUUUUCGAAAAAUAUGAGUGACACACAAUGUAAGCGUUUCCGAUUAUAUUUUAACUUUAUUUCUACGAUUUUAAAAUUGGACUUGUAUUUCAUUACUUCUAUCGUUUAAUUAUCAAUUAAAUUUGAAUUUGUUCUGUUCUCAAAUGCUUAUUAAAUAUAUUAAAUAUGGCUUCGUUGUUCAAAAAUAUUAUUAUAAAAAAAUUACGAAUAAAAUUUCAAUAUAAAAUUAAAUUUAUAAAGGUUUAUUAAAUUGUGUUAUUCAUAAAUUUAGCAGGUAGAACUAAACGCCAGAAGAUUGAUAAAACUGGAAGGUUGUCAGCUUUAGAAAAAUUGAAGCAAUUAAAAGGUAGUAAACAUAAGUAUGAAAUAGAUGAAUUAGAAAAUGUUUAUGAAGAAGUCGAUGAGAAAGAGUAUACUAAAACUGUGAUAGAAAGGCAAAAUGAUGAUUGGAUUGUUGAUGAUGGAGAAAGUGGUUAUAUUGAAGAUGGUAGAGAAAUUUUUGACGAUGACUUGGAUGAUAAAAGUAUACAAGAAGCAAGAAAGCAUAAAGUUGUGGGUCCUAGAAAAAGUAAAAAAGAUGAUGCUAAAAAGAAAGGAAACAUUCAAAAUAUGUUAAUAAAUAUGUCUUCCAAAAAGAAAACUGGUGCUAAAUUGAAUGAUGAUAAUAUUUUGGGAGAUUUAAUGUCUGAGUUGAAAAAAGAUGAUACGCCAAAGCAAUUGAAAUCAAGAUCUAUUAAAAAUAAAUUUUGUACUACGCCAAAAUUAAGUGAAAAAACUGUAGAAGAAAAGUUGGAAUCAAUUUCUGAAUGUGAAAAAAUACAAUAUGAUGAUGAUGAUGAUGAUACUUUGAUAAUGUUUGAUAAACCAGAAAAGGUAAACAUGCACAAACAAAUGGAAUCAAUGUCCCAAAUAGAGAACAUUACUUCAAAUGAAAAUAGUAGUCAAAUAAUUAUAGAUGAUACUAAUAAUUCAGAAAUCACAACAUUGAGUCUGCAGUCAGAGGAGAGUAAAGAAACAAGCAGCAGUCAAAUAAUUGAAACAGAAACUGAAGAUCUUAGUCAAUUUGUUGGAGAUUUCUCUAUAGAUUUUGAAAAUGACAAUGUUAAUCAGAAUGAAAAAUCAGUGUCACUUAUCAAUAAAGAAAAUAAGGAAAACAAAUCAAGCACUCAAAUGAAAAUGAAAGAUGUUGAGAAAAAAAACUUUGAUUUGGAAAAUUUUAAUGCAACAUUAGACAUUGGAUUUGAAACACAAAUAUCAAAUAUUGAAGUAUCUACUGAUACUACAGAAGUGUCUUUACCACUUGUAACUAAUGCAAAUAACGAAGAAGUAUUCAGAUUUUAUUGGUGGGAUGCAUAUGAAGAUCCAUAUAAACAACCUGGGGUUGUAUAUUUAUUUGGAAAAGUUUUUGUACCCUCAAUAAAAGAAUAUCGUUCUUGCUGUUUAACAGUAAAAAAUAUUCCACGAAGAAUUUAUCUUCUUCCUAGAGUAUAUAUAAAAUCGACAGAAAAUGAUGAGAAAGAACGACUAAAUACGAUAGAAGAUGUAUAUAAAGAAUUUAAUCAAUUUGCAAACAAGUUAGGAAUAAAGGAAUUCCGUAGCAGCAAAGUUUCCAAAAAUUAUGCUUUUGAACAAGAAGGUACUCCAGCAAAAUCGGAUUAUUUGGAAGUAAGAUAUUCUACAAGUUAUCCACCUGUACCCUCUAAUUAUUCUGGACCGUCAAUAGAACGUGUUUUUGGAACAACAAUAAAUUCUUUAGAGUUAUUUCUAAUUGAAAGAAAUAUUAAGGGACCAUGUUGGUUAGAUGUUAAGUGUCCAUUACCUACUGGUGUACAAACUAGUUGGUGCAAAAUAAAGGUAAAUUGUAUGAAGAUGGAGAAUAUAUCUGUUUUCUCCGACUUUCAAACAUUGCCACCGUUAGUGAUGACAACAUUAAAUAUACGAACUUCUUUCAAUACAAAAUUACAACAAAAUGAAAUAGUUAUGAAAUUUGAAACAGAAACGGAUUUACUUGAAGAACUAUUAAAAAUAAUAAAUACUGCAGAUCCAGAUUUGUUGAUUGGAUAUGAUUGUGGUUUUCAAUUUGAUAUUUUAAUGCAAAGAAUGAUUACAUUGAAGGUUUCAAAUUGGAGCAGAUUUGGAAAACUAAGACGUUCUGCACCACCUCUAAUAAAAGGAAAGAUAAACUUAAAUCAAGCAGCAGCUGGUCGACCUAUCUGUGACAUACAAGUUUCAGCUAAAGAAUUAAAUCUCAAAGUUAGAAGUUAUGAUUUGCAAUCUCUUUGCAUAGCGGUAUUAAAGAAAAAAGAAAAUGAAUGUAAGGAAAUAAAAUCUAAUAAAUGUAUAUUAUUUUAUAGUACUCUGAAUAAAAUAGAUAACUUAAUUAAAAUAACAUUGACAGAAGGAUUAUAUAUUUUAUCUAUUGUUUUUGAACUUAAUGUUCUUCCACUUGUAUUACAAAUUACAUGUAUUGCUGGAAAUGUUAUAUCAAGAACAUUAACAGCAGGACGCGCAGAAAGAAACGAAUAUUUAUUAUUGCAUGCAUUUCAUUUGAAAAAUUAUAUAACACCUGAUAAACGUAUUACAAAAAAGGGAAAAGAUAAUGAAGAAAACACUAGUAAAAAGAAAGCGGCUUAUGCUGGUGGCCUAGUUCUUGAUCCAAAAAAGGGAUUUUAUGAUAAACUCAUUUUAUUAAUGGACUUUAAUUCUUUAUAUCCCAGUAUAAUUCAAGAAUACAAUUUAUGUUUUAGUACUGUACCUGGAGCUGCAUAUGCUGAGUAUGAGGAUUUAUCAAUUCCUGAAUCAAAUUUAGAAUUUGGAAUAAUUCCAACUGAAAUUUGUAAAUUAGUUGAAAGUAGAGUAGAAGUGAAAAAACUGAUGAAAACACCAAACAUUUCACCUGAAUUGAAGAUGCAAUAUAAUAUUCGACAGUUGGCUUUAAAACUUACAGCAAAUUCUAUGUACGGUUGUUUGGGUGCAACUCAUUGUAGAUUUUAUGCUAAAGGACUUGCUGCCUUGGUUACAGCAAAAGGUCGAGAAAUUUUGCAACAUACAAAAAACCUCGUUGAAAAAUUGAAUUAUGAAGUUAUAUAUGGAGACACUGAUUCCAUAAUGAUAAAUACAAGUUUAUUAGAUUACGAUGAAGUUUUUUCUGUUGGAAGAAAGAUAAAACAGGAAGUUAAUAAAUUAUAUAAACGAGUAGAAUUAGAUAUUGAUGGUGUAUUCCGUUAUUUGUUGCUAUUACAAAAAAAGAAGUAUGCUGCAGUUAUAAUGACAAAAUUACCUAAUGGACAAAUAGAAUUAACACAAGAACAUAAAGGUUUAGACAUUGUGCGAAGAGAUUGGUGUCAAUUAGCUUGUGAUGUUGGAAAAAAAAUUUUGGACCAUCUUCUUUCUGAUAAAUUGUGUGAUGAUAGAAUAGAACAAAUUUUCAGUAUGUUACAUGAUGUUGCACAAAAUGUUCGUGAAAAUCAAGUUCCUUUAUCUUCUUUGAUCAUUACGAAACAAUUAUCAAAAAAUCCAAAUGAAUAUCCAGAUACUAAGCAAGCUCAUGUCCAAGUAGCUUUGAGAUUAAAUAAAGAAGGUGGUAGAAUGUGGAAAGCUGGAGACACUAUCCCUUAUAUUAUAUGCGAUGACGGAACAGAAAAAUCUGCAACUGAAAGAGCGUAUCAUAUUGAUGAAUAUAAAAAGAGUGACUCUUUAAAAAUAGAUGUUAAUUACUAUUUACUAAGUCAAGUUUUUCCUAUUAUUUUACGAAUUUGCGAACCAAUUGAAGGAAUUGAUGAUGUUUUGUUAGCUAAAUGCUUAGGUUUGGAAAAUAUUUAUAAAUCUAGAAGAAUAAUACAUCAAGAACAUGGUGAUAUACCACUAUUAAUGGAAGAGGAUAGAUUUAGGUAUUGCCUUCCUUUAAAAUUUAAUUGUAGAAACGAGAAAUGUCAAUCAGAAAUUAUAAUUAAAAAUAUUGUAAACGAAGAGUUUGGAAAUCAAUUGUCACUUGCUUCCUGUUCAAAUCCAGGCUGUAAGGUACAACCAUGGACAUAUGCUAAUACAAUACAAAAUGCGGUGACACUUGCAAUACGAGAAUUAAUUAACGAAUAUUAUAAUGGAUGGUUAGAAUGUGAAAAUCCAACAUGUGGUGAUCAAACACAAGAGAUACCAUUAGAUUUUGAGCCAAUAUAUCCAACUUGCAGAAAAUGUAAUGAUGGUGAAUUACACAGAGUUGUAAGUUAAAAAGUUUAUCACUGUUUUUAAAUAUUUUGAAUAUAUUAAAAACUAAAAUAUUGUUUAAAGUUCACAGAUACAAAACUUUAUAAUCAAAUGUGUUUUUAUCUCCAUCUUUUUGAUGUAACUCAGUCAAAAUAUAAAAGUAAGUAUCUAUAUUUUUCUUUUUUUUUGUCUAGAAAGAUAACCAACUGAUUAUAAAAUAAUUUAUUGUUAGGUUUGUUAUCUCAGUGUCCGCAAGGUAUGAGAGAAGCAUAUGAUUCGUUAAAAGAAGCAAUAGAAAAAAUUUUAAGGCGAAAUGCAUUUUCUGUUGUGUGUUUGGAUACAAUCUUUUCAAAUAAUGAUGAACAAGAAGAAAAAUCAAAUUUAUAUACAGGUACUUUAGAAAUAUCAGAUGGACUGGAUGAUGAAGAAGUGGUAAGUAAUUUAUAUUUAAAAAAAUAUUAUAUAAUUUUUUAUAAUAAUAUAAUUGUAAUUUUAAUUUUUCUGUUUCAGUAAAUAUGCAGUGAUCACGAAAAAUAUACUAUAAGUAACUAUAUUAACUAUAGACUAUAGAUAAUAGAAUAAAUGUUUUUAUGUAAGUAUAUAUUAUUAAAUUUGAUAUUUUUUAUACUUUAAUUUUAUUUGUUAUUCUAUCUUACAAAAAUUAUAACGUAAAUAUUACAAGCAAUUAAAAAGCGUCUUAAGAAUAUUUUUUUAAUAUUUUAUUUUAAAGUAUCUAA